AUGCUGAAAAAUGAUGGCAGCUACGAGGGGGAUAUUCAGCAAAGAUGCGCUAAAGCUGACUCGGCAUUCAACUCAUUGACCACAGUUGCCUGUGAUCGACCACCAUCGCCAACGAAGUCAAGCUGCGAGUCUACCUCGCCGCGAUUCCCCUAUCAAUAUAUACGGAUCGAAGACUCGACGAUUGCUAGGUUGCUUUUGCCCGCUGGUGUGCAUAAGGAAGAGCUUUACGAUCCUAGGUGGAAAAGUCUCCCUGAUCCUAAAAGAAAGUUUUGGACGGAUGUGGUGAAGGAAGAUCUGAGGACACUUGGCAGUUCAUUCGAGACACCAAAUAUCUGCGAACACUUCGUAUUCAAGUUUGUUUUAUCAUGCACCACUUCAAACAAUGAUGGUUGUUUUUUGAACCAGUCGGUCGAUGUAACCUGUGUGGGUCGUGUGACAUCGCACAGGUACAAUGAGAGUGAGAGUGGAUCGAGGUACCAGUAA